AUGGAGCUGCCCGGUGUGGGCGACGGGGUCCACUUGUCCUCGUACGGACCCGGAGCUCCUCAGCCCGCGGAUAACGGGAAGGCCUUGGCUGGAGGUGUGGACGGGUCUGGGUACUACCAGUGCUACGGGGACGGCCGCAGCGUGGCGUCCCGGGGGUUUGAUGCUCCGACCGGAUACGACACAGUGGACGCGCCACCGCACUAUGAUUUCUACGCCAACACGCAGGUGUGGGGCCGGCGGAGACGCUUCCGCCCGUCUCUGUACCAACUGUCCGCCGCCGACCCUGAGGAUGACUCCAAACCUCCCAUGUAUGAGGAGACCACAGGCGAGCGGAUGGAAGGAGGCGACAGCUCCGAGGAGGAGGAGCUCAAAGAGCCUCCGCCGGAGCCCCCCCGCUUCGGCUGGGUGCAGGGAGUCAUGAUCCGCUGCAUGUUAAACAUCUGGGGGGUGAUCUUGUACCUGAGGCUGCCUUGGAUCACGGCUCAGGCUGGGAUAGGUCUGACCUGGGUGAUCAUCCUGCUCUCCUCGUUUAUUACUGGGAUCACUGGUCUCUCUACUUCAGCCAUCGCCACCAACGGCAAAGUCAAAGGAGGCGGGACCUACUUCCUGAUCAGUCGUAGUCUGGGCCCGGAGCUCGGGGGAUCCAUCGGUCUGAUCUUCGCCUUCGCCAACGCCGUGGCCGUGGCCAUGCACACCGUGGGCUUUGCUGAGACGGUCACAGACCUCAUGCGUGAGAACGGAGCCGUCAUGGUCGAUCAGAUCAACGACAUUCGCAUCGUCGGCGUCAUCACGGUCACGUGUCUGCUCGGUAUCUCAAUGGCCGGCAUGGCGUGGGAGUCCAAGGCUCAGGUUCUGUUCUUCCUGGUCAUCAUGGUGUCGUUUGUUAAUUACAUCGUGGGAACCAUCAUCCCCGCCUCCCCACAGAAACAAGCCAAAGGGUUUUUCAGCUACAAAGCGGAUAUCUUUGCUGCUAACUUCGUGCCUGGCUGGCGGGGGAAGGAGGGGAGCUUCUUCGGCAUGUUCUCCAUCUUCUUCCCCUCGGCCACAGGCAUCCUGGCCGGAGCCAACAUCUCUGGAGACCUGAGGGAUCCAGCAGUGGCCAUCCCCCGGGGAACUCUGAUGGCCAUUUUCUGGACGACCAUAUCCUACCUCAUCAUCUCUGCAACCAUAGGAGCCUGUGUGGUGCGUGACGCCUCUGGUGAGUUGAACGACAACAUGAAUUCCAGCGUGGACUGUGUGGGAUUAGCUUGUCCUUACGGAUGGGACUUCAGCGAGUGUAUGAGGAACAACACAUGCAAACACGGCAUCAUGAACUACUACCAGUCGAUGAGCUUGGUGUCGGCCUUCGCUCCUCUGGUCAGUGCUGGUAUAUUUGGGGCGACUCUCUCCUCGGCCCUGGCCUGUCUGGUGUCUGCUCCCAAAGUCUUCCAGUGUCUGUGUAAGGACAAACUCUACCCGUUCAUCGGCUUCUUUGGAAAAGGUUACGGCAAGAACCAGGAGCCGCUCAGAAGCUACCUGCUGACGUACGUCAUCGCCGUCUGCUUCAUUCUCAUCGCUGAGUUAAACACCAUCGCUCCCAUCAUCUCCAACUUCUUCCUCUGCUCCUACGCGCUCAUCAACUUCAGCUGCUUCCACGCGUCAGUCACCAACUCACCAGGUUGGCGUCCCUCCUUCAGGUUCUACAGUAAGUGGUUGUCUCUGCUGGGAGCCGUGUGUUGUGUGGUGAUCAUGUUCCUGUUGACCUGGUGGGCCGCCCUCAUCGCCUUUGGGGUCGUCUUCUUCCUUCUGGGAUACACACUCUACAAGAAGCCUGCUGUGAACUGGGGCUCGUCGGUGCAGGCCAGCUCCUACAGCAUCGCUCUGAAUCAGUGUGUCGGCCUCAACCAGGUGGACGACCACGUCAAGAACUACAGACCUCAGUGUCUGGUUCUGACCGGGCCUCCCUGCUGCCGACCAGCUCUGGUGGAUCUGGUCGGAUGUUUGACCAAGAGGCUCAGUCUCAUGAUGUGCGGCCACGUGGUCACCGCGGGUCCUUCCCCAGCAGCGCCACAGGAAGCCGUGAGUGAGCGACACGUCUCCUGGUUGAACCAGCGGAAGGUCAAGUCCUUCUACAGAGGAGUGGUGGCUGCAGACCUGAGGUCAGGGGUCAACAUGCUGCUGCAGGGGGCAGGCCUGGGUCGUAUCAAACCAAAUGUUUUACUGAUGGGUUUUAAGAAAGACUGGUGCAGCGACUCGCCUCAGGCUGCCCAUCACUACAUCGGAAUACUACAUGAUGCGUUCGACCUACACUACGGUGUGUGUGUGCUGAGAGUGAAGCAGGGACUGGACGCCUCUCGUCCACCUCAGUCCCACGUGAAUCCGGGUUUUGAUGGAGGACCAGAGAGUAUAAACACCGUCUGUGCUCCUGCCUGCGUUCAAACCAGCGUUUCCUCGUCUGUGUCCAUGGAUCCAGAUCCUCAGCCGAGUUCAGUGUUCCAGAUGAAACAAGGAAAGAAGACAAUCGACAUCUACUGGCUGUCUGACGAUGGAGGCCUCACGCUGCUGCUGCCCUACCUGCUGACUCGCAGGAAGCGCUGGGCCGGAUGUAAGGUCCGAGUGUUUGUGGGAGGAGACACCGACAAGAAGGAGGAGCAGAAAGAGGAGGUGCUGGCGCUGAUCAAGAAGUUCCGUCUUGGUUUCCAUGACGUCGAGGUGCUUCCUGACAUCUACCAGCCUCCUCAGCCUGGGAAUGUUGAUCAGUUUGAGGACUCACUGAAUCGAUUCAGGCUGGAUACGAAUCCCAAGCAGGACUCGGACUCUGGGCCACAGCAGGAGGAGGAGCCCUGGAUGAUCACUGAGCAGGACUUAGAGAGGAACAAGGCCAAGUCUCUCCGUCAGAUCCGUCUGAACGAGGUUCUGCAGGUUCACUCCAGAGAAGCAGCUCUCAUCGUGAUCACGAUGCCCGUGGGGAGGAGAGGGGUGUGUCCCAGUACCCUGUUCCUGGCGUGGCUGGACGUCCUGUCACGUGACCUGAGGCCCCCGGUCCUAUUGGUCCGAGGAAACCAGGAGAACGUCCUCACCUUCUACUGCCAGUGACAUGUCUCCAAAGCUGUGUCCCAGUUCAGGGUCAUGGGACACUAAGGCCAGUCUGAAAUUAGACCAUCUGAUUUCUAAUCCCCAGAUUGUCUCGUCUUCAGCCCAUGAACUGGGACACAGCUCACGACUCCAGUGCACUUUGAAUGAAGCAAAUGAUUAAUCCUGACAUUUUUAAUCUAUUGUUGACUUUUCCUUGACGAGCGUCUAAUCCUGUUGUUAAUGAAUAAUCAUGUCGAUGCCUUUUACUUC